AUGGCAGACAUCUUUGAUGAAGAUUUUUUCAACAUAAACCAACUGCUCAUGGAGCAGGACACACAAAUGCCAGAGCACUCGAGCAAGAAGUUAGGUAAGACAGGACCCAAGCCCAAGGAAUACACAGAUGAGUGGCUGAUGUCUGUGCCUCUAUAUAAGAGGACCACAAAUAGGAGCUAUGGUACAUCACAAAAAGCUUCACAUGUAACCAUACAUAGGUUAAAGAAGAAGGGGAGACUCAGGGCAGUCACAGCAAGCAAUCACCCAACAUUAAGUGACAAUCACAAAGUGGCAAGGCUCAAGUGGGUGCUUAAUCAUGUUAACCCAGUUCCAAGUGAAGGUGACCCUACUUUUGUGGAUAUGCAACACUAUAUCCACAUUGAUGAGAAGUGGUUCUAUCUGAACCCAGAAACAAUGACCUUUUACCUAACACCAAAUAAAGAAACCCCAUACAGAGCACAGCAAUCAAAAAGGUUCAAGUUGAAAGCAAUGUUUAUGGGAAUGAUAGGCAAGCCCCUAUAUGAUGAGGAAGGGAAUAUGAUUCACUCUGGAAAGUAUGGUCUCUUUCCUUUUGUUAAGUAUGAGAGGGCCAAGAAGAAAAGCAAGAAUAGAGAAGCAGGAACAUUGGAAACAAAAGCAAUUCAGAGUGUCAACAGAGAAGCUAUAGAUGAGAAAUUUUUGGCAGCCACUCAAGCAAAUGAGUUUAACAUCCAAUUUGUAUACCAUCCUGCCCAAUCCCUCGACCUUAAUGUGUUGGAUCUUGGUCUAUGUAAGGUUAUACAGUUAAUCCAAUAUCAAUCAUUCCCAAAAGAUUUGGAUGAACUUAUUGAAAAAGUGGCAGAGGCAUUUGAGGUAUUUGAUCCAACACUUAACAAGUAUUCAUGGAUCACUCUCCGGUUAUGCAUGAUUAAAAUAUUGGAGAAACAAGGUGGGAAUAACUUCAAUCCACCACACAUGGCAAAGGCAAGGCAAAAUAGGAAAGGGACUCUGGAAGAAAUACUGGAGGUAAGCAGGGAGCUCAUAAGUGAUACUGUGAACUACCUCAACACCAUUUUCAUUCCAACCACAGGAAUGCAUGCAAGCAGAAACACAAGACAUGGAAGUGGAUGCUGA